UCUCUCUCUCGUUCUCUAACUUGGAUUACUUUUCUGCAGUUUCCAGCACUCAAUUAAAGCUUGAAAAAACCAAAAAUGGUGAAGAAGAGCAAGAGCUUACCUCCAGAGGAGAGACUUCACUUCUUCAAGAUCAUGCUUCCAGGGUUUUGCACAAGAUUGCGGAUCCCACCGGACUUUGUGAAGCACAUUUCCCCAGAAGCAUAUGAACUUGCCACACUGGAGGAUUCCACUGGUAGUCAGUGGCCCAUCAAAUUAAGUAAAACUACAGAGGGUACAUAUCUGGAGGAUGGCUGGCAAGAUUUUGUGAAAGAUCACUCCAUAGAUGAAUAUAACUUUCUCCUCUUUGGAUAUGAUAGGAAUACAUGUUUUUCUGUAAACAUUUUUGAUAAGAGUGCAUGCGAGACUUCUGAUUCUGUUCUCCAAGCCAGUAAAUAUGAUCCAGGGAAACACCUUCCAAGUCGUAAGCCAAAGAGGCUUAAGAAAGUUAGAAGAGAGGAAGUUGAGCUGACCGAUAAACCAUGUUCAAAAACUAAAUGCUCCUCGUCAAGAAGGCGUCCUGCAACUGAAGAAGAAAAGGCAGAAGUUUUGAAAGAAGCAGAGUCUUUUACCUCCAAGUUUCCAUGUUUCUUGAAGUGUUUAAAUGCAUCAAAUGUGUACCGGGGAUUUUAUCUGUCAAUUCCAAGCAACUUUGCAAGAACACAUCUUCAUAUUCAACAGAAAGGAGAGGUUACCCUUAGGAACAGAGAAGGCCAAACUUGGAGAGUAAACAUAAUUAAAUUCAGGAGAAAGACUGCCCUAUGUGCAGGUUGGCCGGCAUUUGUACAUGCUAAUCAACUUGAAGAAGCAGACAUCUGCAUUUUUGAGCUAGUGGGUAAGUUUAAAUUGCAGUUCCAUAUUUUCCGAGCAGUUAAGUAAGUUAAACUUGCAACUCGAGAACAGAUUUGAAAUCCUCGAUCAGGAUGGGGGAUUAUCCGGUUAUAUACUACCUCCUUAUGACAAGUAUGUAGUCACAGAACAAGGUAGUUAGAAUGUUGUCGGAAAUUCUGCUUUCAGUUAUGCAUGUAGAACAAAAGUGGAAGUGAUUUGCAUCUCUUAUGACAUGUUUACUUGAUUAGAUUUUA